AGCCGCCGAAGCGUAUAGUAUACACAGCCGACUCGACUCCUUUUCCAUCUCUCCCGACGCGCAGCUGCCGCACUGCUGAGUGCUGACGUACUUACAUACGUUUCGCUCGUAUUACGCGAAUAUUUCCGCGAGGGCGAGCGCGUGCGCGGCGAUUCAUUCGCGGCUCAGUUGGCUCCUGGCAACCGGCGACGCACGUGUGCGACUCUUUUUUUGUCCGCGCCUCGUCUCCUCGGCUAUACAUUGUGCUCUGUUUGUCGGACGCGAACAGCCGGUGUUUUUGUUUAGUUUCCCGUUUAAGUUUCGUUUCGGAGUAUAGGUAUAUCGCCAGGUACGCGAGUACAUCAGCUGAGCAGCGAUGGCAUCGCAGGUGGCGGAGUUCUUCCGCGACAAGAGCGUCUUCGUGACGGGCGGCACCGGUUUCCUGGGCAUCUCACUCGUGGAGAAGCUUCUGCGCUGCUGUCCGGACGUCAUGAGCAUUUACCUGCUCAUUAGGCCCAAGAAAGGCAAGAGCGCACAGGACAGACUUCAGGACGUCACCAACAACUCCGUGUUCGAAAGAAUUAAACAAGAAGGAAAGACUGACCUUUUUAAAAAAAUCAUAGCUGUUGGAGGAGAUGUCGGAGAAGAACAUUUAGGAUUAUCCUCUGUAGAUAGACUGACUUUGGUGGAGCAUGUUCAAAUUGUAUUUCAUUCAGCAGCCACAUUGGACUUCGAGGCAGAUUUAAAAUCCACUGUCAAUAUUAACCUUCUUGGUACUCGACGAGUUGUUGAAUUCUGUCAAGAAAUAAGAAAUCUGAAGGCCCUUGUGCAUGUAUCCAGUGCAUACGUGAACUCAACAUUAAGUGAGGCUCAUGAACGUGUUUAUCCAGCUCCUAUGGAUGUAAAAGAACUUUUAAGAAAAGUAGAAGAAUUGAGUGAUGAAGAAUUGAAUGCAGCAACACCAAGUAUUAUUAAGGAUCAUCCUAAUCCGUACACAUUUACAAAACAAUUAGCUGAGCACGAGAUAGCAAACUCUAAGCUAGCUGCAGCAAUUGUCAGACCAUCAAUGAUUGUUGGAGCCUGGAAAGAACCUAUUCCUGGUUGGACAAUUUCUAAAAAUGGACCACAAGGAUUUUUAAUGGGAGCAAGCAAAGGCGUUGUGCGACGUUUACCUGUAGCUAAGAAUCUUAUUUACGACUAUAUUCCAGUUGAUGUAGUUGUCAAUAGUCUCCUAGUAGCUGCAUACUCAAUUGAGAGAGACAGGCUAAAAACAGUAAAAGUGUACCACCUAACAUCAAGUACAUGCAUGCCGUUUAAGUGGGAAAGCGUUACAGAUAAAAUAAAUGGUUACUUGCAUAGUUAUCCAUUGGCUAGUGCUGUUUGGUAUCCUCAUUUAAAACUUUUACCCUCCCUACUGUGGUUCAAAAUUUCUGCAUUUUUCGUACACAUGAUUCCGGCUUAUAUUUUAGAUACAGUUACUAAAGUAGCUGGAGGAAGACCCAUAUUGGUUCGUCUUCAUACAAACGUAAAUAAAUCUUUGGGAAGGCUGGAGAAGUUCAUUUUCACAGAAUGGAAGUUUUACAACAAGCAAACUCAGGAGUUGCAUGAUUCACUUUCUGAAGUAGAUAAAGAAAAGUUCACCUUGGAUAUAAGACAGAUUGAUUGGGAAACCUAUUUUGUAGAUUUAACGAAGGGCGUACGAGUUUAUUUAAAUAACGAGCCAUUAAAGAAUUUGAAUAAGGCAAAGAGGAAAGACAAAAUAUUACUGGUACUCCACCUUUUGUUACAAGCGUUCGUGUUGACGUUUAUUUGGUGGAUUUUCAAAACUAUUCUUGGAAUGACUUGGACACAAACUGGCAUGAUAGUUCCAGUAGCGUAUUACAUUUUGAGUCUCUUGUAAAUUUAAAUUUAACACUUUUUAUACUGCAUUUAAAAGCGUAACGUAAGAAUUAAGAUUAAUUAAUGAACAACUAAAAUUGAUACAACCUAUAAGAGAGAAUUGAUUUUUAUACAAUAUAGAAAGUUUUUACAACACUACCUUUAUGAAUCGUUUUGAAUAUUAAUGUAAUUUCAUAUUGUUUCAUUUAUGAUUGUUUAAAUGUUCGAUAUUAUUAUUUUCGUUGAUGCGCAUAAUGUUUAAACAAGUAUAAUAGUUCGUUAUAGAAUCUUUAAAAAAUCUUCUUAUAUAGAGGUUUCUUUUAUGAAUCUUUAAUUUAUUUGUAACGAAUGAACAAAGCAAUAGACAUUUUGUGUUAUGUUCUAUUGACUGGUGUAAGUUGACUUGUGCAUAAGUUUUAUUGUUUGAUUAAUUUUGUCGAGUAUAUUGCUCAUUAAACAUGAUUUUUUUUUACAAAGUUAUUAUAUUUUAUACAUUAGAUUGAUUAAAAUAAAAUUAAAAGAAAUAUUGAUGAUUUAAAUUAAUAUUAUAUGAGUCCAGUGCAGUUCCUAGCAUAACAAUCUUUCUUUCUUUCAAGAGUUUCCGCAAAGCAACAAAUUUAUGACUAUAUAUUGGUCAUAUCGCCCUGUUAAAUAAUAUGUGCAUUGUUACGACCUAACCUAUUCUGUAACGCGCUGAAUGUAUGAGUUUCAAUGACGAGCGCAUGUGCACCCUUUUCUAGGUCCAAAACACCAUCACGGUGGCAACCUUGAACUACGCCGUCGUAGUUCUGGUCACCCUGCGCUAGCCUGCUUCACGACGGCAUGCUCACGCGCAGGCAGUCAGUCUGUCAAAACCAGUCAUUACUCGCGGGCGGUCCUCCCUCGCUCUCAGAUUUUGAAUACUUCAAACUCUGACUGCAUUUGGUGGCAGAAACUACUAUUGCCUUCCGGGCUUAUACAACGCCUUCCGGGCUUAUACAUACACCUUCGCCUUCCGGGCUGAUUGAUUUCAUACGAAUCGCAAUACGACUAAAUCACGCCCAUCGGGCUAUCCGAUUUGAUUUGAUUCAAAUCUAUAAAUCGCGCCCAACGGGCUAUACCAACUAAGCGAGAACAAAGUUUGUGUGUGUGUGUGAAACGUUAUUGUUCGAUUAA